UUUUGGUUUCGAUAUAAAGAAUGGUAACUAUUAAAAGCAGCGCCUAAUGACUUUGGGCAGGAUGGUGCUGCUUUUGCUGUUGCCCUUAUUUCUCUGAUGCAAAAUGGGGCUGGCCACAGCUGUAGGUACUACUUAAAAAUGGAUGAUGAUGAUUUUGGUGGUUUUGAGGCAGCAGAGACUUUUGAAUGUGGAAGUGGUGAAACCCACACUACCUCUCCUGCUAUUCCUUGGGCAGCAUUUCCAACAGUAUCUGGAGUCCACAUCCCCCCACCUGUUUCUCCUGAGAGUCUUCUGGAGCAGUCUUCGUCUUCAGCUCAUCUUAUCUCUUCUAAGCCCAUCAUUUCAUCACAGGAUAGUACUCUGAUUGUUCCACAAACCACCAACAAUAUUGUUCAGCCAUCAACAAAAACUAUUGAUCAUUCAGUUUUUCCAUUGCAUUUAACUGAUGAAAAAACUCAUGAAAUAAUUUCAGUUGUGGAUGAUAGUGCUGAGGAUCACCAAGCUAUUGAGUUAAAUAUUGAACUUCGACAAAAAGUUGCAAGCUUGAAGGUUAAACUUAAAGCUUCUGAAGAAGAAAAACAGAGAAUUAAAAAGGAGUUAGAAACAUUGUUGGAAAAGCAUAGAGUUCUAGAAAAAGGCAUCCUAAAAGAAAAAGAAGAUGAAGUAAUUUUUCUUCAGGAUAAAUACAAAAUACUUCAGGAACAACAUAAGCGCCAAUUGGAAGAUAUGAAGAAAGCUGGCCAUGAGACUUUGAGCAUUAUUACAGAGGAAUAUAAGGCAUUACUACAGACUACAGUUAAGCAGCAAGAAGAAUCUAUUGGAAAACAGUAUGUCUCUGCCAUUGAAAAACAAGCUCGCAAAUGUGAGGAGUUGCUUAAUGCUCAGCAUCAGAGGCUUCUUGAUAUGCUUGAUGUAGAAAAGGAACAGCUAACAGAAAAAAUAAAAGAAGCUUUGACUCGACAGUCUCAAGAUCAGAAGGAAUUAUUGGGAAAGUAUUUGACAGAAGAAAUGCAAAGAAAUAAAGAUGCAUUAGCAACUGCAGCAAAGAUUGAGAAAGAAACAAUGAAGGAUGCAAUUUUAAAAACAGUAGAAGAAGAAAGAAAAAACUUGAAAAUAAUUCAUGCUGAGGAGAAGGAAAUUUGGAAAGCUGAACAUGAUAAAGAUCAAGAAAAAAUAUCUCAGGCAAUCCAAGAAGCUUUACAAGAACAAAGAAAAAUAAGUCAGGUCAUACCACAUUGGAAGAAUAGAAAACAUAUAAAUCCCUAGACGCAUCUCUGAAAACAACUGCACAAAACUCCUGAAUCCUGGGAAUCCUCCAUCCUUGGAAACCAAGACCUUCUUCCCGAAGAAUUAAAAGCCAAGUAAAAGGCUGGGAAAAGGAGAGAAUAGAAGAAAAAAAUUCUGAUAAUAGAAAGUUACUAUGUUAUCUGCUGGUAAAGUCAAAGUCCCUACAUCAAAAACUCUGAAAAAAAUAUUGAAUUGAUCUCAGGCCUUUAGCAUUCACUUUUCAUUCAACUCAAAAUUGUAGGUACAAGAAACUGUAGUGGGAGGCAGGGUAGAAGACAAGAUGGCAGAGAAGACCAUGGAAGAGCUCAAAAAGCAUUUUAAAAAUCAGGUAAGAGCAAUAGAAGAAAAAUUGGGAAGAGAAAAUUACAAAUUAAAAAAAAAAAUAGGUCAAUUAGUAAAGGAAGAACAAAAAGCCAAUAAAGUGAAAAAAUGCCUUAAAAAGUAGAAUUGGUCAAAUAGAAAAAAAAAAUCCACUGAAGAAAAUAACUUUAAAAAUAGAAUCAGACAAAUGGGAAAGAAGAUAUAAAAUAUCGCUAUAGAAAAUAACAUUGAAAAUAAGAAUUGAGCAAAUGGAAGCAUAUGACUUUAUGAUAAAUCAAUUAACAAUAAAACAGAACCAAAAGAAUGGAAAAAGUAAAACACAAUGAAAUCUUCAUUGGAAAAACAACUGACUUGGAAAAUAGAUCUAAGAGAGAUGACUUUAAAAUUAUUGGACAAUCUGAAAACCAAAACACUUAGACAUCAUCUUUCAAGAAAUUAUCAGAGAAAAAUUGAUGUGAUAUUCUAGAACCAGAGGGUAAAAUAGAAGUCAAAAGAAUUCACCAAUCACUCUCUGAAACAGGUCCCAAAAUGAAAAUCCCCAGCAUGAUUAUAGCCAAAUUCCAGAGCUCCUAAGUCAAUGAGAAAAUAUUGGAAGUAUCCAGAAGUAAACAAUUAAAGCAUCUUGAAGGUAUAGUCAGGAUAACAAAAUAUUUAACAGCUUUUAAAUUAAAGGAUCAGAGAGUUUGGAAUAUGAUAUUCCAAAGAGCAAAGGAGCUAAGAUUGCGACCAAGAACCUGUUCAAAAUAGAUUAUAAUCCUUCAAAGAGGAAAAUAAGCAUUCACGAUAUAGAGGAGUUUGAAGUAUUGCUCAUGAAAAGACCAGAGCUGAAUCGAAAAUUAGACUUUCAAAUAAAAGGGUGAAGAGAAACAUAAAAAAGUAAACACAACAGAAAUCAUAAGGAACUUAAUAAGGUGUAAAACUAUUUACACUUUUUGAUGGGAAGAUGUAUUUGUAACUUAAGAACUUUUUAUUAUUAGGGUAAUUAGAAGGAAUAUAUAUUGAAGAAACAGAUGUUAGUUGAAUUCAGAGGGAUGAUGUCUAAAUAUAAAAUUCAAGAGUGAGAAAAGAAUGUACUGGGAAAAAGGGAAAGGGAGGGAUAGAAUGGAGCAAAUUAUCACAUAUAAGAGGCAAGAAAAAGUUUUUACAAUGGAGAAAAGGAAGGAGGGAAAGGGGGGGUAAGUGAAUCUUACUCCUAUCAGAAUUGGUUCAAAGAGGGAAUAAUAUACACAUUCAAUUUAGUAUAGAAAUCAAUCUUACCUCUUAGAGGAUAAUAGGAAGGGAAGGAAAAAGGGGAGAGGGGAUGAUAGAAGGGAGGGGGAAUAUUUAGGAAGGGGAUAAUCAGAAGCAAAAUAGACCUAGUAGUAUUGGUAGAUCAAAGGUUUUGAUAAAAAAGUAAACAGGACAGAAAUCAUAAGGAACUUAAUAAGGUUGAACUAUUUACAUUCUUACAUGGAAAGAUGUUCUAAAACUUUUUCAUUAUUAACAUAGUUAGAAGAAUUAUAUAUUGAAGAAGAGGUGUUAGUUGAAUUCAAAGGGAUCAUGUCUAAAAAGAUAAAAUUCAAGAGAAAGGAAUGUGCUGGGAAAAAGGAAAAUACCACUACUAGCUCUGUAUUCUAAAAGAGAUAAAAACUAGGAAAAAAAAUCUAUAUUUAUAGCAGCUCUUUUCUGGAGUUAGAGAAUUAGAAAUUGAUAGGAUGACUAUCAGUUGGGUAAUGGCAGAAGUGUAGAAUAGGCUACUGUUUCAGUUGAACUCCUUCUUCUAACCAUUUUCUUUUACUCAUUUCAGGAAGCUAUCUCUGCUCUUAAGAGUGUUUAAUGUGCAAUGUGCACAUUAAUUUUCUUGGCUAAAAUCUUGACCUUAACUUGGGAAAGAGGGAGGAAGAAAAUAAGAUGAUCUAAAGUUUAAAGUCAAUACAUGGAUAGUCAUUGUAAACUUAAGGAAAGGGUAGUUUAUUCUGGAGAAGUCAAAGAUACAUGUUAUAUUUACUUCUAGAUCAGGAUAUCUGUUGCACUAAUAUAGUCAUCAAUUGAUGGGGUAGAUGUUGAAAGAAAAAGAAAUAUCUCGUGAUUGUAAAAGAUAUUACUCAGAACUUGAAUAAGUUUUUUGUUUGCCUUUAGUUCAUGUAUUAAGAUUAGUCAUAAUGAUGAUGGUGGAUCAGCAAACAUUUCUCCAACUAUAAAUAAGAAAAUAGUCUUUUGGGUUUUUUCAUUCUUCAGGUUUUUUUAUUCCAUUAAUCUAGUCUUCUUUGAUCAUCCUUGUUAAGUAAAGGAAAGUGUAUGUGAUUGACACCAGCCUGGAAAGAGAAAUGCUAGUCAUUACUUUUAUUGUGCUGGCAAAGUCCUGUUAAAAAAAGCUUCCAAGCUAUACAGAUACUGAAACUGUUUGAUCUUGGAAACUUUUCAUGAUAAUUCAUAUUCACAACCACUAUAAUUUUAGGAUUAUGCUUUUUCAAAACAAACCCACAAGCAGGACAAUCAGUGGUUACAUUUUCUAUAUGAAAUUUAGUAUCAUUUCUAUAUGAAAUUUUUAUAUAAAAAGAAAGAUCAUCCAGUAUAUCAGCAAAGAAAUGAUAUAUGCAUUUCAUUUCAUCCAAAGAAACCAAAUGAUUUCAAAUCUUUAAUGUUAUGCCUUUGCUGAAAUCAUUUAUUUUGGUGGAUAUGAAGGAAGAACACUAGCGAAGAAAACAAUUGACCUACUUUUGAUUCCUAGCUUCAUAAUUUACUAACUAUAUAACCAUAAGCAAAUCACUUUAUGUCCUGUUUACCUGCGCUGCAUAUUUUAUAAAAUUGUGUGGACAAUACUUCACACUAUAAACUAGUACCUAAAUAGGAACUACUAUUAUGUUCUUUAUCUAGUUUUGAAUGUGUGUGUGUGUCUUUGUAUUUAUACUUAUUUACUAAUCCAACAAAAAUUUUAUCAUAGCCUAUAAGUAAUUUAAAAUCAGAAAAGCUUUAGAGAUCAUUUAAUCAAAUUUUCUUAUUUUAUCAUUGCAUAAAUUUUAGUCCCAGAAAAAUGAAGUGAUAUUUGGCUAGGAGAAAAUCUGAAAAUAUUAGUCCCAAUAGUUUUUCCAGUGUUAUAAAGAAUCAUGCUUCAAGUAACAUGAAUAUUGUCACUGGACAGUCAUUGUAAAACACGGUUAUUUUUUUAAAGUGAAAUUGAGGUUUAUUGUGGGGCAGAGCCAAGAAGGCAGAGGAAAGACAGGAAAGCAGGAAAGGCUGCUCCAAAUUUCUUUAAAUAAGCACUCUAAACAAAUUUUAGAAUAUCAGAACACCCCAAAAGAUGGAGUAGAACAUUUUCCACCUGAAAACAACUUAGAAGGUCAAGAGAAAAGGUCUGUGACACGAAGAUGGGAGUCCAGGACCCAAUCCCAGCAUAGUCCCAGUGCAUCCCCAACCCCCACCCUGUCACUGGCCCCAGCAACAAUGAGGUGAAACCCCAGAAUCAGCAGCAGUGAGGGAGGUUUCUGGACCUCUGGGGACCUGGGGGACACCAGGGAGGACUUGGAAGAAGGUCAGCAAAGAGAGUCUGUGGCAAUGGGAUGGGGGAACAAAGUGCAAUCCCAGUGCAGGCCAUGCCAGCACAAGCCCAACUCCAGCCCAAGGUCAGCAAAGCAAGACUGUUGCUUUAGCACACUAGAUCUCACUGAUACAACUGAACUCCUAACAGUCUCAGAACAUGAAAAAGUACUUGUGGUCAGGUCCCUAGAAAGAUUUCUGAAAACAACUGCACAAAAUCCCUGAAACUUGAGAACAGUGGAAACAGAGCCCUACUUUAAUAAAGAGUUAAAAGCCAAGUAAUAGGAUAGGAAGAUGAGUAGACAAAAGAAAAAGUUUCUGACCAUUGAAGGCUAUUAUGAUGACAAGGAAGAUUCAAAACACCCUAAGAAAAUGAUAACAAAGUCAAAGUUUCUAUAUUCAAAAUCUCCAAGAAAAAUAAAAAUUGAAUUCAGGUCAUGGAAGAGUUCAAAGGGGAUUUUGAAAAUCAAGUAAGUAAGAUAGAGAAAAAAAUAGGACAAGAAUGAGAGUAGUGCAAAUGGAAAUACAAAAAAAAAAAAAAAAAUCCAAAACAAAACAAACAAAAAAAACAACUAAUGAGGAGAAAAAUGCCUUAAAAAGCAAAAUUGGUCAUUUGGGAAAGGAGGUACAAAAGCUCAUUGAGCAAAAUAAUUCCUUAAAAAUUAGAAUUGAGC